AUGGAGGUUGUUGAAAAAGACUGCAGGUACAUGCCCGAAAGGGCAGACGAGUGUGGCCCACGGUCGAGAGUCCUCAGGAGAACGCUGCACGAUUCGGUACCGACAUUGUAGCUGCUUGGUUGGUUGCCCACAGCGGCGUUCGUGGUGUGUGGCUGCGCGUUGUUCAGGUGUAUCAGUGUGUGAACAAGAGCAUGGAAUAUCACGACAUCAGGCGACGCAGAUGCCUCUUCGACAGUAAGCACAUCUGGCUGGGCGCCCUCACUGACUCACGCACCGCACACGGGUCGGGUCGAUCUUUUGUCUGUCUAUCUAUGAAGGUCGCGUCUACAGCGAGGUGCCUGUGCCUGGCGGCCGUCCUUCUCCACUCCACCCGUCCACCAUGGGACUGUUCUCUCCAGCAGACAACUACUACAAAUGUCAAACACCAUGCAGUGAGUAUGCAACCGAACACCACCGGCACAACGAAUUGAACAUGAAUGAGUUAUAUGUCCUCUCCCUUCCAUUCUGCCACUCACGCGCAGCUGAAUGUCUUCUCGGUGAUUGGGAGACGGUGGGCGGUGAGGAUGGGAACAACCCUCCCAAAUGCGAGUACAACAGCGGGCGUCUCAAGUGCGGCAAGAAGGGGGGCUUGGCCGAGUACCAAAGAAGGCUUCUGUGCCGGAUUUCACCCAGCCCCUGAAUGGGAAAGAAAAAUGCGUCCUGCCGAAAAAGACUGUGCCGUGCGGAAAGCCGUGCAGUGAGCGAAGGCCACACACAGACAUAGCUGAAGAAAGGACCCACGUACAAGCAUUUGUCUGUCUGCUUUGUCGUCAGAGUACGAGGGCGCUUGGUGCAAGUACACGGUCAACAUGCUGGCCGACUGUGACAGCAAGUGCUAUCAAAUCAUCAUAUUCCUCAGGUGUAAACCUUCAGGCAGGAAAGGAAACCCAGCAUGGAAUGACAUCUUCUGUGGAUGCAUCGUAGAGGCGUGCUGCCGGAGGGUUCUGAGGACUGGAGGCAGACUGUGUGUGAGGGACUGCCGGACAGAGGCUACAAGAUAGGCACCGUACUCAGGAGCCUCAUUGGUGCACCAUAGAGACGCAUCCACAAACACAUCCCGCGAUAUCUCCUUCUAUUCGUCCAACCACUUCAGAUCUGGAUGAGCAGUGGACAUCCAUUGCCUCCCAGCAUUCCUUCAGAGUGACUACCCUCUUCCUGACCGAGGACACCCAGUGCCAUGACCACGUGCUGCGGAACGCCAGCAUUGACAAGGAUAGCUACCUCAUCGACCACACCAUGCUCGAGGCGGUCGUGUGCCGCGACAGAUACAGAAUGGGCGUGGAGUUCGCACUCGUGCAGGAGCCAAUAGCGAAUGAGACGUAUUGGGCCUCGCUCAUUCAUCGAAUUGAGGGACCUUUUGAGGGAACAGCCACAUUUAUCGGUGGGCCCGAUGAGGCUUGGCACAUCACACUCCAUGUCUGUCUUCUACAGGUACAGGGGAGACAGGCAGCCCUCCAAUGGAUCACUCGAUCGUCUUCGGUGGGCCUAUGGCGUACAAUGGUCGCAGCUACUAUCUCAAGCCGCGAGUCGAGCAGACGAACAACCCAGCCGUCAUCAAGCUGAGACCACAGCAGCAGCCAAGGCUGGUCGAGGACCUUGGGAAAUUCGCCGAAGAGCUGGAAAGUAAGUGAGCAGAAGAGGGCAGCAAGCACACACAAUCAGCUGUCUCCCUCGUAUCUGCCUGCAGCGAUUUUCGUGGGUGGGAUGGACAUUUCCGGCACAUGUCAGGGUGUCGCACACACCCAGCGGAUCUCAUCCUUUGCCCACCUCCAUCUCACAUUCAACAAGGCUUCACGAGUGGCGUCGUUUGCCGUCCGGCAGCUCUACCACGACCAUCAGAUGGACGAGAGCCUCGUCACAGAGGGCGCGUGGCCCCAUCCGAAAGCGCCCUGGGGGAAGGACGACCAGCCGUGGGGUGACCCGCUCGGCCAGCGGCCCCACAACUACGACCAGAUAUCUUACACGGACAGGGCCAUGAUCUGCUUCUUUCGUAAGUUUGUUGGCAGGCAGACAAGACAGAGAAGACCAAGCUUUGAUGUGUCUCCUCCUUCGCUGUGUCUCCUCUCUAUCUUCAGCGCGCACGUGUCUGGACGUUCAUUGGGCCGGCUGGACUGAUUGUCAUCCACCACCGGACGGCCCUCAGGACCUCUGCGGGCCUGACGCGGGUAGAAGGAGAAGAAAACGGGUGAGCAGAAGACGCUGUCGGUCCACUGGUGACCUUCACCGUAUAAAAUUGUGCAGAACUUGUACGAUGAGCACAUGAAGUUCAACCCCAAAUCGAAGCUAAAAGACUGCGUGCUGCCCGGCGAGAUGAGACUGAUGGAAGAGGAGCCAUGCGAACUCAAAUGCCGUGAGCAAGACCGACACAGAUCGAAUCAUGUGUUGACACAUGUCUGUGCUCUCCUGGUCGUGUAUCAGCGAAGGAUUGCGUAGUAUCUGAGUUGACGGUGAGAGAGCUGCGGUGCGAGUAUGACGAUCCCGAUGCAGGCUGCGGCAUGGGCAGACAACGACUGGAACGAUCCAUCCUGGUAAGGAAGACUUGACGACUGCAUUGCCCUGUGGGCAUGUCUCUGCAUUGAAUGGUGGUGCAGGUGCCGGCGGCCGAGGGUUGGGACGGGCGUCAGGGCCGCUGCCCUCCUGUGGACGCAGCCGGUAGACCAGUCGCUAUGGCCGGCUACAAGAGGUGUUACAACAGAUGUGGUGAGUGAUUGAAAGAGCCACACAUACGCGCGGAUGCGUGUGUAUGCCUCUAUUUGAUCCGUGCACGCACAUAGAGUAUGAUGGCGAGUGGUGCAAGUACCGCAUCGGCCCUAAGGUUCGUCAGGGAGGCACUUGCCCCUCUGUCACCUUCUACAUCAGGUAGGGAGAGCAGCGAUCAAUGCAGACCCGCUGCAGUGUCUUUCUGUGACGUUUGACUUUCAUGCACACAGGGGCAUCAGGCGGCCAGCUGGCGAAGACUCCCGUGAGGGCGAAUACACUUACUGUGACGCGACGACCUAUUCCCGACUAUUCAAGGCGCUCGUCAUCACUUACCGUACGCAAGAACUCCUCCAUGGGGAUAUCGAUGCUUGCCUCUUGCAUGUCCCUGUCUCCCAGUUCUCGAAUAUCAUGUGAUCAAGGCCGACCCGUCCCGCUCUCCCCAAGGACUUUUCUUCUUCCCCCGGGAACGCGGUUGGACCCUUGUCAAGCCAUCGCUCGAACCACUGACCUUCUGCGAGCCACAGUUGCUCCCCCGAGGCUUUCUCGCCGCCUUUGCCGCAGCCGAUAUGCGGGCAUCUAGUGAGGGCUACUUUGUGGGACCGGCCCUGCAGGGCGAGCAGAAUAAGAAUUCCGCAGAAAAACCGAGGUACGAUGUGCUGACUUUGGUGUGUGUCUGUUCUGAAUGUAUGUCUGUGGUUGUGUGCUGAAGGUUGCUUGAGGAGUCGAUCGUCAGCAUCAUUGUUCGUGACCAUUUGUUUGAAGAUGAAGCGCUACCAAGUGCUGACUUCCAGGAGGACCUGAGCGACAUCACAGGAGCGGCCAAUCCACAGAAGGAGGACGUCUGUCAGGCGACGCCACAGGUUCACGCAAACACCAGGACAUCCGAAGAUCGUUGUGUGUGUACUUGUGCCUCAUGUAUUCAGGUGCUCUAUCUGGACGCAGUGAGCGAGCUGCAUCGUGUGUUAAAGAGGUCGCUAACGAAAGAAGACGCUGAGGCGCUGAAGGAAUUCUACGUCGGCGAGAUCUCGCUCGAGCCAUGCCCUGCCAUCACACACCCCAGUGAGCCAGCCACGCUCCAUGCCUCGUGAAGCCCUGCUGUGUCGUCGCUUUGGUGCGCUCCCGCAGGCAGUUAUCUACGAGUGCGGUGGAACAGAAGGGGCAGUCCCGGCCUUCCAUACACACCCCGCUACUAUGAGUCUGAUCGGCGCAUGCUCGUCAGGCGCCCUCUCAACACUUCUGCCGUCUCAUCCUUCGUCCAGACACAACAUGAGUCCCCACAACAAGCACACCGGCUGUACAGAACGACCCAGGCUGACUACGAACACGUGCACUACGUCAACAGUACAGGCAUCUUCGAUGACCACCUGAGCAACAACUCGGCAGCAGGUCUCUCGCAGGCUGAUUGGAAAGCCGUAAGAGACCUCCUUGGCCCUGCCGGCGGUGAGGGCUCAGGAUUCAUUGAACAAGUGGCCAACAUAUCAAGAAACGCGUCUUGGAGCGCCGAACACGAUAAGCGGACAGCUCCCGGCGGUUUGGCCAGCGUGGGGGCUACUGAGCGGAACAGAGCCCGUCAGCAGCUCGGGGCAAGCUCUGAUGGGACGAUCGAGAGCGCCGUCGACACCAUUUGUGAGGACCUGGACACAGGCGGGCUGGGGUUUUUCGAAGUGAAGCAGUGGUACAAGAAUCAGGUCAAGAACAAGAAGUUAUCCGUUGUUCAAGACCAGUACUUCAGAUUGUGCUACAAAGGUCAGCAAGUGAAGUAACGAGACAGAGGCAGACGCGAGCAGGAAGAAUUUCCCCCUCUGUUCGUGGCAGCCCGUGAGUGUGCCGUGGGAUACACCGACUGGACGGCAUGCUCGGCGUCCUGCGGCCCCGGCACCAGACGCCGCAAUAUACGAAUCGCACUCACGCCAGUGGGCCAGAGAGGGAGGGAGACACAGAGAGACAUUCUAUACCACCAGUGUAGCAUCCAUGUCGUCAUCUGUGGCUGGAUGUGUGCCUCAAGGGUGAGUUGUCGGAUCCGUGUCCCGAGCACGACCACAUGGUGCCUGACGGCUCAUGCGUCAUCAAGACAGCAGUCCUGCCCGAACAGCAGGAAUCGUGCUUCGUCCAUUGCCGUACGCAUAUUAUCAACACCACCAUGAUUGCGACUUGUCCUCUAUAUGUGCAUUUGUUGAUGUGUGUGUGUGUGUGUGCAGCGAAACGUGCCUGCUGCGACAACGAUGAGUAG